AUGGAUGAUGAUUUGACAGAAUAUCCUAUACGUCGAGUACGUUUACAACCAUGUCAAUUUUGUGGACGUCAAUUUAAUGUUGAGUCAUUGAAUAAGCAUCAGGCUAUUUGUCGAAAAGUUGCAAAUAAACAACGAAGAAUAUUUGAUGCAGGUAAACAACGAGCUACUAAUUCUGAUGUACCAUACAAAGCAACUAAAAAAACGCAGCAGGUUUAUACUGGUGAAGUUCGAGCUCAGGAUGAUAGGUCAAAAUAUGGACAGAAACCAAAUUGGAGAGAAAAACAUCGACAAUUAAUUCAAUCUAUAAGAGAGGCACGUUCCGUAACUCGUGCUAUGAAGCAAGGAGCACCAUUGCCUGCUUUUCGACCAAGUGAAGUUCCAUCAGAUUAUGUUAAUUGUCCAUAUUGCCAUCGCAAUUUCAAUCAACAUGUCGCACAACGACAUAUACCAUUUUGUCAGACUCAACAUGGUCGAAGACAAGUACAACCUUCUAGAUCUACUCAGCAAUAUGACAGGGGACGAACACUUCCACCACAAAAACCAUCUCAAUAUCGACAACAACAACAGUCAUAUAGUACAAGUGCAUAUUCAAGUUCACAUGAUGUUUAUAGUAAUGGUCACAAACAUAGCAAUUCAGCUCCUAUGAUUGCUCGUCGAAAUCCACAUGAUUAUCGUCAACAACAACCACUACCGCCGCCACCACCACCCCGUAAACAACCUGCUAAUAGUGGUGGUGGUGGUGGUUGGAGCUUGCGAAAAGUAUUUGGUUUCGAUUCUCAACCAGAACGAACACCUCGAUCUAAUUAUUAUGCAUCUGAAGAUGAAGAUUAUUAUCAACCAUCGAAUCGUCAUUCUGUUCAACAACCGGUACUUAUGCGUACGGGACGUACACAAGAAAAUACAAGUUUAAAUGUACGGGCUCGUCAACGAAAUGAUGAAGUUAGUUCAUAUACGCGUCGAGCAUCACCGACAAAACCUGCUCCUUCUUCAUAUGGUGAAACAAGAUAUCAGUAUCGCAAUAAUCAAUAUAAUACAAUGAGACCAACAGCUGUUGGACGACCACCACCUCCAACAGCUGUUCGUUGUGGUGAAUGUGGUAGUAUAUUUAAUAAUGCUUCAGCAAGAUAUUGUGCUCAUUGUGGUUCGAGACGUUAA